CUGUUGGCCCGAUGUGCAGUCCCCCUCAAAAUCUCUUUCUUUCCGGACUGCGGUUACUUUGAAUGAACUCCCGUUCUACAGUCAUUCGUUGCAAUUCGGUACUACGUGUUUGUAUUUCUAUCUGCGCCAGUACAGUCACAUCGUUCUGUUUGGGAGGCUCUGUCAUUGUUGUCCUUCUUUUUUCGUAUUCUUUUCUCUUUCUUUUUUUUCAUCAUUAUUGCGUUGCCAGGGUACGGUAGCCGCUUUCUGUUUUCGGUCAUCUGCUUUCUUCCUCUAUUUGCUCUUAGGGUUACUUGCUUAUCUGCUGGUGGUGGUCCCGGUUUCUAUACUUUGGUCAACCAUCUUGUUUUCUCUGUCAAAUUGAACCUCUGAAUUUCAUUUAUCAGGUUGCCUCUGUUGAAAGGAAGGCUCAGGCAAAUUUGCUUCCAUGGUUUGGAUAUGUCGAACCCUACUGAACGGCCAUGGUCCGAAGAGGAGAAGAAAGUCCUUCUCACGGAGAUACUAAAGAAAGACGGGAUACCUUCCAGAUAUCUAGUCAAAUUGAUAUGUGACCUUAAGAUCAAUCCGGCCUGGUCGUAUAUUCCCCUUCCUCCAGGGAGGUCACUUAAUUCAUGCCAGCUGGCAUUCGGUCACAUGUGCCAGCAGCAUGUCCAGCAGCCUGUUCUGCCGCGUUCAGCUAUGAUCCCUGCUGCUUCGCAACCUCAGCCACCGCACCCUGAACCCAUAACGCCAGCAGUCGUGCGGAAACGGCCGUGUCCCGGAAUGGAACGGCCAAUUGCGCCACGCCCCUCUACUGUGCCAUAUGACCAGGGAAGCAGCGCUUCCAUUACAUCUCCAAAUAUGAACGAGCCACCAAAGAAACGAGGGCGCCCAACUAAAGCAGAAGCGGAACGGAAAAGAGCAGAAGAGGAACGAAAGAAAGCUGCCGCAGAAGCCAGAGGGGAGAGGUAUCCGCUUCCCAAACGAAGGGGCUCAGGGAAAUCUAAAGCCUCAACUGCAACUGUCCCCAACAGUCCGGCCGGAUCGCUUGGGGCUACUGGCACUUCUUUUUCUCCCCGUACUAAUGUCCAGGGUCUCGAGGCGUUCAAAGCUGAACCUCAAAUCCACCAUGGACCUUCUGCUGGACAACCGUUGGACCGGUCCGCCGGCUUUGGAGGGAACGAACAAAGAUCAAGGGCUAUGAGCGAUCAAAUUCUGAGACCGGUCAGCAAUACUACCAGCAGAGAACUUCCGCGACCGAUGGAAGCAAGGCAGACUCUCCCAUCGCCUCAAGAAUUACAGUUGGGACAUCCGGAACCGAUGCCAAGGUUUAAUCCUAGCCACCCGCCCCUUGAACAUUUCCAUCCUGAUCGAAUCCCGCGGGUGUUCGAUGCACCUCGACCUAUGCUGGCAGAUCCUGCCAGAAAUAGGAGACCGGAGUAUCGCAUAAUAGCGCCGGCGCCGACCUUGGACCCAGCAACUGAGAAAAAAUCUCGAUGAUGUUCCAGAGACGUGCGAUGUGCAAGUAUGCGAUGUGACUGGUAUUCGUCAAUCAUGAGAAACGAUAC